UUUUAUCUUCAAGACACUAAAAGUAGUAAUGGUACCUUUAUAAAUAGCCAGAGAUUGAGUCGAGGCUCUGAAGAAAGUCCACCAUGUGAAAUUCUUUCCGGUGAUAUUAUCCAGUUUGGGGUAGAUGUGACGGAGAACACACGGAAAGUUACCCAUGGGUGUAUUGUUUCCACAAUAAAACUUUUUCUACCCGAUGGUAUGGAAGCCCGGCUCCGCUCAGAUGUCAUCCAUGCUCCAUUACCAAGUCCUGUUGACAAAGUUGCUGCUAACACUCCAAGUAUGUACUCUCAGGAACUAUUCCAGCUUUCUCAGUAUCUUCAGGAGGCCUUACAUCGGGAACAGAUGUUGGAACAGAAGUUAGCCACGCUUCAGAGGCUGCUAGCCAUUACCCAAGAGGCUUCAGAUACCAGUUGGCAGGCUUUAAUAGAUGAAGAUAGACUCUUAUCACGGUUAGAGGUUAUGGGAAACCAAUUGCAAGCAUGCUCCAAAAAUCAAACAGAAGAUAGUUUACGGAAGGAACUUAUAGCGUUACAGGAGGAUAAACACAACUAUGAGACUACAGCCAAAGAGUCCCUGAGGCGGGUUCUUCAGGAGAAAAUUGAUGUGGUUAGAAAACUUUCGGAAGUUGAGCGAAGUCUUAGUAAUACUGAAGAUGAAUGUACCCAUCUGAAAGAAAUGAAUGAACGGACUCAGGAAGAAUUAAGAGAAUUAGCCAAUAAAUAUAAUGGAGCAGUUAAUGAGAUUAAAGAUUUAUCUGAUAAAUUAAAGAUAGCAGAGGGAAAACAAGAAGAAAUCCAACAGAAGGGACAAGCUGAGAAAAAAGAAUUACAACAUAAGAUAGAUGAAAUGGAAGAAAAAGAACAGGAGCUCCAGGCAAAAAUAGAAGCUUUGCAAGCUGAUAAUGACUUUACCAAUGAAAGGCUAACAGCUUUACAAGUACGGUUAGAACAUCUUCAAGAGAAAACUCUUAAAGAAUGCAGCAGCUUAGGGAUACAAGUUGAUGACUUCUUACCUAAAAUAAAUGGGAGCACAGAAAAAGAGCACUUGCUUUCAAAGAGUGGCGGGGACUGCACUUUUAUUCAUCAGUUCAUAGAAUGUCAAAAGAAGCUGAUCGUCGAGGGGCACCUAACCAAAGUAGUAGAAGAGACAAAGCUUUCAAAAGAAAACCAGGCAAGAGCAAAGGAAUCGGACUUGUCAGAUACUCUGAGUCCAAGCAAGGAGAAAAGUAGCGACGACACUACAGACGCCCAAAUGGAUGAUCAAGACCUAAAUGAACCCCUUGCGAAAGUGUCCCUAUUAAAAGAUGACUUGCAGGGUGCACAGUCAGAAAUUGAGGCAAAACAAGAAAUUCAGCAUCUUCGCAAGGAAUUGAUUGAAGCCCAGGAACUAGCUAGAGCAAGUAAACAAAAAUGCUUUGAACUUCAAGCUCUUUUGGAAGAAGAAAGAAAAGCCUAUCGAAAUCAAGUUGAGGAAUCCAGUAAACAAAUACAGGUUCUUCAAGCCCAACUACAGAGGUUACACAUCAAUAUUGAGAAUCUCCGGGAGGAGAAGGACAGUGAAAUCGCAAGUACUCGAGAUGAAUUGCUUAGUGCCCGAGAUGAAAUUUUACUCCUUCAUCAAGCGGCAGAAAAGGCUGCCUCUGAGCGGGACACUGACAUUGCUUCUUUACAAGAAGAGCUUAAGAAAGUGCGAGCUGAGCUUGAGCGGUGGCGGAAAGCAGCAUCUGAAUAUGAGAAAGAAAUCAUGAGUUUGCAAAAUAGCUUUCAGCUUCGGUGUCAACAAUGUGAGGACCAGCAGAGGGAAGAAGCAACCAGGCUGCAAGGUGAACUAGAGAAGUUGAGAAAGGAAUGGAAUGUAUUGGAUACCGAAUGCCGUUCUCUAAAAAAGGAAAAUGUUUUGCUGUCUUCAGAACUGCAGCGGCAAGAAAAAGAACUGCACAAUUCUCAGAAGCAGAGUUUAGAGCUUACCAGUGAUCUCAGUAUCCUGCAGGUGACCAGGAAAGAGCUUGAAAAUCAAGUGGGAUCCUUAAAAGAACAGCAUCUUCGGGAUUCAGCUGAUUUAAAAACUCUUCUCAGUAAGGCUGAAAACCAAGCAAAGGAUGUACAGAAAGAGUAUGAAAAGACACAGACUGUACUCUCAGAACUGAAGUUGAAGUUUGAAAUGACUGAGCAGGAAAAACAGUCAAUCACAGAUGAGCUCAAACAAUGUAAAGACAACCUGAAGCUGCUCCGAGAGAAAGGAAAUAAUCCUUCCAUAUUACAACCCGUCCCAGCCGUAUUCAUCGGCCUAUUCCUGGCUUUCCUGUUUUGGUGUUUCGGUCCAUUGUGGUAGAGAAAGAAACCCUGGCCCUGGAUGCCCAUGUUGGCUGCCCUGGUUGCGGUGACAGCCAUCGUGCUGUACGUGCCAGGUCUGGCCAGAGCUUCUCCAUGAGAGCGUUUCUUGAGUCCGUACACCGUCCUCCCUCUAGAAGCUGGCACCACACUCAUGCUGGGGACAAACAGAACCAUUUUCUUCCUUUUUACCUCUUAAAACAGCAGAAGUGCAAGAAUACAGCUGUAGGGUCAUUGCUUUAAAGUAUAUAAAAUGUAUCUGUCUAUAAAGAGGAUAUAAAAUUGUGACUCUUCUACUGUAAGCAAUAAUUUGCUUGCAAUUUUUCAUGUAAUUUUUAAAUGAGUAUGUUUAAAUUCUGAAUAUUACGGUGGCCUAAAGUAGGCUUCUUGGUACACCAAAUUAUUUAUAACAUUAAAUUUAUGGGUAUUUUACUCUGAAUUCUAAUGGCCAGGUAAUUCUUUCUUUUUUUUUUUUUUCUUUCUUUGAUUCGAUAACUACCCAAACCAAACAACUGAUACAUACAUGGGAAGAGAGGCCCUGUGUGCUCAGUGCCUAUCGGUUUGAAAUAUAUACACAUAUAUAUAUAUUUUUUACAUAUUUACGCCAUUUUUACUUGUUAUAAAACCACUGAGCUAUUGGGAACAAGACUUAGAUACAACUGUUUGCGUGGAUUUUUUUUUUUUUUUUUAAGGAGAAAUACACUUGGAAAAUAUUCUGUUCUAGUGAUGAUUUGGGGAAUAUGUGCACGCUUGUUCAGCCUUAAUGUGACUUGAUGAUGUGGAGGACAUCAACUUUGAAAAACUUUCCAUGAGAGUGCGUAUUUUCUUGAGCAAACUGAAGUAUUUCUGGGAGCAAAAACAUAGUAAUUAUACAGUUUCAGUGCAGUAAACCAAACUGUUGAGUCAAUUGGAAUGUAAUUUAUUAAACCUCAUGUAUUUAAAGAGAUAUUUUUCUUUAAAAGCCAAGUUACUUUCUCAUAUACAGCAUUUUAGGAAGCAUGAUUUUUUUUUUUUCAUAUCAUCUCUUCCUCCAAGCAUGUUUAAUUGAAGAAAGAAUUAAUAUCUCUUUAGAUAAGUUUUUACUGACUUAAUUUGGUUAUGAUAUUUCAAAGCUAAUUCGUGUUCAAGGUGAGCUAUUUUACCUACCAACAGAUUUCCUGGUUGGGUAUAUAAAUGGUAAUUUUCUUUUUAUCGUUGUUAACUGGGACAUUCUGUUAAUGAGAAGCACUAUCCCCAAGAUGAUAGUAUUCCAUGCACAGUGAAGCACCUAAGCACUGCUUGAUGUUGCAGAUUUAAAACACGGAAGUGAAGGUUUAGCUAUGGUUUUUGUACGGCACCACAGUUAUGUCAAUAAAGAUUAUUUAGGUCAUAGAAUAUCCUGAAGUAUCACAUAGUUAAAAUUUUUCAGUCAGUGAAAACUGGGAGGGAAUGUCAGUGAACGGGCUUGAAUGUUCUGUGGCAAUCCACAGGCCUAGCCAAAUAUUGAAGUAGAGUUUAGGAUAUAAUUUGCCUUGUGAUGUUUGGCAGUCAUUGUUUAUACUUUAAAGGUUAUACUUUAAGCUCUUUGGGAUUUGCUGUUGGGAGGAUCACUAGACUUAUGGAGGAAUUAGUCACAAAUUGACUUGUAGAAAAUACUGUCAUGUAGUUCAUUUCAUCUUCUUCUGUUGCAGGAAGCCACUCCACACAGAAUGCUAAUAUGCCAGUGGUACCCAGUACCUCUUGUAUAUAGGUUAUUGCAAAUAUUGUUCUGAAAUGCUUAACUUCAGAAUUACAUUUUUUAAAGUAAAUAAUUGUUUAAAUCUAUUUUGUAAAGAUAUAAAGUACAAUAGAAUUUCUGGAGUACAGAUUAAACUAUUUGCACUAACACACGUGAUGUGCAUGAUUUAAUAAAAUAACUUUACUCUCCCUAUGCA